CUGUCUUCUCUUGCAGACCAACUCAGCUGCCAGCAAAAGCAGGUGCUCUCCCCCUACCAGUGCUCCAGAGGAAGUAUUUAGGAAUGGAAAACCUGAUGUUUAUCUGCUGCUCCUGUAAAGUUCUCUGGACCGUACUUGUAACAAUACUAGGUUAUGCCAGCAGCUUGCCUGUGAAUGAGGAUUCUAUUUGCACAGCAGAAGAACUUGCUAAGUACAGCAUAAUCUUCACAGGGAAAUGGAGUCAGACUGCUUUCCCUAAGCAAUACCCACUUUACAGGCCCCCAGCACAGUGGUCAUCAUUGCUAGGUGUUACUCAUAGUUCUGACUACAGCAUGUGGAAAAAAAAUGAAUAUGCCAGCAAUGGUGUACGUGAUUUUGCUGAAAAGGGUGAAGCAUGGGUAUUAAUGAAAGAAAUAGAAGAAGCUGGAGAGAAAAUUCAGAGUGUACACGGAAUCUUCUCUGCUCCUGCCAUUUCCAGUGGUACAGGACAAACUUCCACUGAAUUAGAAGUGCAUUCAAGACAUCCCUUAGUUUCAUUCGUUGUACGAAUUGUUCCAAGCCCUGACUGGUUUGUGGGCAUUGACAGCCUAAAUCUCUGUGAAGGAGACCACUGGAUGGAAGAAGUGUCUGUAGAUCUAUUUCCAUAUGAUGCUGGAACCGAUAGUGGUUUCACAUUUUCCUCCCCAAACUUUGCCACUAUUCCACAAGACACGGUUACAGAGAUUACUUGUUCCUCUCCGAGCCACCCAGCAAACUCAUUUUAUUAUCCCAAACUCAAAAUUUUGCCACCUAUUGCCCAUGUAACGAUGGUGAAAAUAAAGAAAAACCAGCUGGGUCUUUCUGCACCUUACAUUAAUCCCCCAGCUAGAAGCAAUGAAGUAAUAGACUCUGUCUCAGAAACACCACUGGACUGUGAGGUUUCACAAUGGUCUUCCUGGGGUCUCUGCAGAGGUGUCUGCAGAGAAACAGGGACCAAGAUAAGAACCCGUUUUGUACUUCUUCAUCCCGCCAAUAAUGGAUUGCCUUGUCCAAAUCUGGAUGAAGAAACAGGAUGUGAACCAGAGAAUUGUAUCUGA